UUUCAACGCUGCGCGUAAAACACCAUGUUCGGGUUAAACGUACUUCCUUUGUAGAGUUGUCUAAUUUAGUUUCACCAUCACUGCACUGGUGUGGUGAAUGGGUGGUCCAGAAACCAACUAGCUUAAGACACAGAGAAGAGGCCCACAUCUAGCUGAGGCCAUGGCAGAUUUUUCGCUAGCUGAUGCCAUUGCAGACGAUGUCCCGGGAGCAGCCUCCAAACAGGGCAACACAAACCCCUCUGGUCCAGGGCCCAACGCUCCACCACCACCCACAAACCCCGGAUGGCCUGGCUCAGCCCCUGGUGGUCCAAACUACCCAUCUGCUGGAGGCCCAACCCAGCCACCUGCCCCAGGUGGGUUCCCUGGUGGGCCCUCGGGUCCUGGAGCUCCUAACCAGUUUCCAGGACAGUACCCAUCAGGUCCUGGUGCACCCACUGCCCCAGGGGGCUACCCACCAGGGCCGGGGGUACCAGGACAGUUCCCUUCCAGCCCUGGAGCUCCGGGACAGUUCCCCUCCAUGCCAGGGUACCCACCAGGCGGGGCCCCGCCAGGACAGUUCCCUGGAGGGGCUCCGUCACCCUACAACUCUGGACUGUUCCCCUCCACGCCGGGCGGGCCACCAGGACCUUUCCCUAACAUGCCUUAUCCACCCCCUGCAGGUGGGAUGUACGGGCCUGGAGGCCCUGGAGCUUUCCCACCUGGCCCAGCACCGGGCUUCCCAAGCGGAGGGUUCCCUCCUCUGCCUCCAGGAUCAUGGGGAUCUCCUGGCGGCGGGUUCCCUGCUCAGCCAGGUGGCCCUGGAUCUUAUGGACCAGGGCCCAUGGGCCCGUAUGGAGGACCUGGUGCUCCAGGAGGGAUGCUUCCAGUGCCGUACCAUUUGCCUCUUCAUGCGGGCAUCAUGCCUCACCUGCUGAUCACCGUGGUUGGAGAGCCAUUCCCAGGAGGAGACAGGUUCCAUAUAGAUUUUGUGAAGGGUGAAGAGGUGGUGUUCCACUUCAACCCCCGUUUCCCUGAGCAGACCAUAGUGCGUAACUCACAGCUGGGUGGCUACUGGGGUCCAGAGGAGAGGGAUGGGGGGUUCCCCUUCAUCCAAGGCCGACAGUUUGAGCUGAAGAUCCUGGUGGAGCAGGACUGCUUCAAGGUGGCAGUUGAUGGAGUUCACCUGCUGGAGUAUGAGCAUCGCGUCGGGGGGCUGGAAGAGGUCACGCUCGUCCGCGUGGAGGGCGACAUUGCUCUCUACAGUGCAGGCCCCAGCAUGAUCUAAAGACAUAUACACAGACACAAACACACACACACACAUACAUGCUCUCUCUCUCGCUCUCAUUCUCUCUCUCUCUCUCUCUCUCUCUCUCACACACACACACACACACACACACACACACAAACAGAGCUGCUGGACUCAAUAUAUCACAGAAUCACAAAGAGUGCAGUUGAGUUCAUUAUCCCUCUGUGAGAAUAAUAAUGCAGUAACUCAUACAACCUGCAUUGGAAUAUGAGAGUGUUUCUAAUCAUAGUUAUACAUUGUAUAAAUUAAAGUAUCCAGUGAGGGCUGGGAAUAUUGUCUUGAUAUUUUUCUGUGUAGGCGGAAUUCAACUUUCACUUAUUUCUGCCUCCGUGAUGGGGCCAAAGGCUGGUUUAUUGCUGUGUAAUCACGAUUCAAGAGUUGAACUGAUUCAGUGUACUGUUCGGACACAUUAAUUGCUUUCCAUCGCUUGGGUUAUGUACUAAGAGCCACAUGGAAGCUUGAGCAGCUUGUGCCAAUUGCUUUAGCUCCUAUACAGGACCUAUAUCAAAGUGUUUGUCUUAAAUCUGCAGGCCUUGUUUACUUUCUCCAGCAUGCUAAAAUAUUCGAAAUGAGUCCCUCCUUUACCGUUCAUGUGAACACAGGGCAGAAACAGACUGAAGUAUUCCCAGCCUUCAGAACUGAGAAGCAAUUGAAGGAAAAUGUAGUUGUCUGUAUAAUGGCAUUGGAGUCCUUGGCAGACCACUCUAAUCAGUCCAUUAUUCACUGAUCUUGAUUUGAUAGAUGUCUUGUCAGACUCGGCAAAGCCCAGUCCUUCUAUAAUACAAGAGAUUUACAGCAUGUGGGUGUGAGGGCAUAGUGAUUUCACCAGUUUGGGAUUUCUUAGAGCAACACAACGGUGGAAGAGUGCAGAGUCUGAACAGCACGGGAGCACAGCACAAGUUGAUAUUAACUCUGAGCAUGGGAGUGUAUGACGCCCAUUACUUAAAGAUAACCUGAGGAUUUUGGAUUUCUCUUUUGCUUUUGAACUUUAACCACUUUAGUUUUCUCAGAAUACCAGCAGCUGUUGGUUCUCUGGACUUUUGUAGACCUGUUGAUGAUUUAUGUUACAAAAGGGGGAAUGCCCCCAAUAACUAUGACCCAUAUAGCAACCUCCUAUUGUUAUAAUAUUUUAGGUUUGUGAAAGGGGAUAUAUGUUUGGAGUGAAUUCAGGAAUCCCCUGGAAUAUUAGUCAUUAAAAACAGUUAUUACAAUGAGUAGCCUAAAUGUUACCUGACUGAAUCUUAUAGCUCAUUAAUCUCAUUAUUGCAGAUGCACUUGCUACUUGUGUUUGUCUAGCUACUUUCUUCACAAGAAAACUGUCUGUAUCUUCAUGCUCUUUGUCAACACUCUCAAUUGGUCAAUGAAUUAAUUGGACUUGCCAAAGACACUGCAACAAGAGUUAGUUAUUUUUAAUUUUUUAAUAAAAUGUUACAUAUGACUAAAAAGGA